AUGUCAAGCGGUUUGCCGCCACCUGUGGGCGAAGUAAUGACAAUUGUGUAUUAUAAUGGCAAACCUUAUAAAGGUUUUGGUUUCGGCGAUUCUACAACAACAACAGUCAAUGAUGUUCGUGACCUUUUGAUAAAGAGUGGUGUAGAAAUAUCGGAAAACUCAUCAUACACGGUUAUGAUCUACGAUGAAGAUGCCGAGAUGGAUCUUGUUCUUACUAAUCGUUAUUUGCAAGAGGUCCAUUCUUGGCGAAACUGUUUAUCAACAAAGAAAAUAGUGAAACUCACCGUGAUAGAAGGUGUCCGAUCAGAAGCGCAAUCCAGUGUACGGCGCGUAGUGCAACCUGGUGUAACUCAAAAUAUUGACCAGCACGCAGCGACUCCACUGAUACAAACAGACAGUGAACAGAUGAACGAUGGUUCAGACGAAGACACUAUAGGUGAAUUAUUGAAGCAAGAUAUAGCCAACCCAGAUAUAUUUGACGCCGGCGCAUCGUUUUCUGGAAGCGACUUCGAGGCUAUGUUAGACAAGUUUGUACAGUCACCACUCAAGUUUAUUGCAGAUCUUCAAGAAAAUCAGCGAUUUCAAUAUUUGAGCGAUGAUCUAACAAUGCUUCAAAGUGACAAAGGGAUUCUACACGCUCAAAAGCAUCCAUUAUUGCAGAUACCUGACACCUACGUACCAUUAAUUGAAGAGGAUAAGACAGUGAACCUGGUCGUUGCAAUAGUUGUGACAGAAAGUAUUGCUAAUGAGCUGCGUUAUUACCUAGCCCCACAUCGUGGGUUCUUAUCAAAAAGCAGUGUUGAUUUACUUUCGGAAAUUAAAUCAUUUUAUAAUCCCUUUAUUCUGCCAAUCAAGAAGGAGCAGCUGAAAAAGAUAACAUAUGAAGGAAAACAAAUAACUGUAAUAGAAUUGGAAUUAUAUUUGAUGUAUCCGAAGGGUGCAACAAAAGAUCGCAAUCCACUACUGAUUCCUUUCAAUAAAGACUUUAUUCUGCGCACAGAGCAUCCAGUACUCUCUCAUGUCAACCAAAGAUCUAAUCGAACAGAAGCAAACAGCAACGAACAUAUUCAGAAUAAUCCUGAUGAAAACAAAUUACAUCUUAAAUGCUUUUUACAUACUGAUGGCCCAGAGAAAGAAUUGGAUUGGAGUACCUGCUGCGAAUCGAAGCCGUUUUCUGCUGGUUUGUAG